GCUUUUAAUUAUAAUGAGAAAGAAGAAUAUAACCUUGCACAUAUUUUUCCUGAAGAAGUUUAUAGUGAAGAAACUCCUGAAAUCCAACCUCAAUUACUACAUCGACAAGAGCCACAGCAACCACAGCAACCUAGAACUUCAUCACAACCCACUGAACCCCAGCAAUUUAUUAUACCUCUUUGUGACGACGACGAAGAUGCCACCUCGGAAGAAACUCCAGUAAUAAAUCCUGAACCUACCCACGAACCAGUGAAUCUAGAGGAAGAAGCAGCAAGUGUACUUGCUACUCUAGCUAAUUAUUUUAGAAAUCUCAGACCAACCCAACCAGAAACUCAAAACUUACCUAAAAACCUUCUCCAGAGAACUGCUGAUCUUCCGCGAACUCAAGAAGAAAUCGAAUCCAUCCAUCCCCAAGACAAAACCUUUCCAGAGAUCUAA